CACGUUUUUCUUAAUCUUUAGAGAGAAAGACAUUCUUUGCAAGAGCUCCUAGAUAUAUUUGAUCUGUUAAUUGUUAAAAACAGAGUGAAAUGCCUAAAUUUCACACUUAUAUGCCACAAGAAAGAAAGAAGAAGACAAAUACAACCUCAAAAGAGCAACAACAACAAUCACAAAAAAACAAACAAACAAAGGCUACAGUGAACAAUAGUGACCAGAGGAACAGACACAAGGACAAAACCAGGAUAAUCUACAUCUAAGUUGCCAAGUGAGGACACGAAGACAUGAAGAAAUCGAUCAAAUUUACGACAACACCGGGUGCAGAUGACGGAGCAUGCAACGAGGAUGGAGAUGAAGAAAAGAAUAAAGAGAACACAUUGAGUGUUGGAUACUUUCAGCUGUUUCGAUUUGCCACCUGGAAAGACAAUGUGUUGAUGGUAGUGGGGAGUUUGUGCGCACUCAUACACGGUGCAGCCUCACCUCUCAUGCUUCUGGUGUACGGCAUGAUGACCGACACAUUUGUGGCUUAUGAACUUGAGGUCCAAGAACUGAAAGACCCAAACAAGGAGUGCAACAACAACACCAUCUAUUGGAAAAAUGGCUCCAUUUAUGAAACACCUGAAAACAGAACAGUCUACUGUGGGGUGAACAUUGAAGGACAGAUGACAAAGUUUGCAUAUUACUAUGUUGGAAUUGGAGUAGCAGUUCUGUUUGUUAGCUAUUUUCAGAUCACUCUCUGGGUGUCAGUCGCUGCAAGACAGAUUCAGAGAAUCCGAAAGACUUAUUUCCGAAAAGUAAUGCGAAUGGAGAUUGGAUGGUUUGACUGCAACUCUGUUGGUGAACUGAACACACGGAUAUCAGAUGAUAUCAACAAGAUCAACAGUGCCAUUGCUGAUCAGGUGUCUAUCUUCAUUGAGAGGCUCUCUACGUUUGUGUUUGGCUUCAUGGUUGGUUUCAUGGGUGGGUGGAAGCUGACUUUGGUGGUCAUUGCAGUGAGCCCGCUGAUUGGUAUGGCUGCUGGACUGAUGGCUAUGGCUGUUGCCAGACUGACAGGACAAGAGCUGAGGGCCUACGCAAAGGCAGGGGCAGUGGCUGACGAGGUCCUAUCGUCCAUCAGAACAGUAGCAGCGUUUAGUGGGGAGGAAAAGGAAGCUGAAAGGUAUGACAAAAACCUUGUGGAAGCUCAGAACUGGGGUGUGAAAAAGGGCAUGAUCAUAGGAGUGUUUCAAGGAUACCUGUGGUGCAUCAUUUUCCUUUGCUACGCUCUGGCCUUCUGGUAUGGGUCUAAAUUGGUCAUCGACACCAAGGAGCUGUCUCCUGGUGGUCUAAUUCAGGUGUUUUUUGGAGUACUCAUGGCAGCUGUGAACCUGGGUCAGGCCUCACCGUGCCUUGAGGCCUUCGCUUCUGGUCGUGCUGCUGCGAAGGCCAUCUUUGACACGAUUGACCGGGAACCAGAAAUUAAUUGUUUCUCAGAGGAUGGUCACAAAUUAGAUAAAGUAAAAGGUGACAUUGAGUUCCACAAUGUCACUUUCUACUACCCAUCCCGACCUGAAGUCAAGAUUUUAAAUGAUCUGAGCAUGCAGAUCAAAGCGGGAGACACUACUGCUUUUGUUGGACCAAGUGGAUCCGGAAAGAGCACCACAGUCCAACUCAUCCAGAGGUUUUAUGACCCAAAGGAAGGAAUGGUGACUUUGGAUGGACAUGACAUCCGAAGUUUAAACAUCCAGUGGCUCCGCUCUCUCAUUGGUAUUGUGGAGCAGGAGCCAGUGCUGUUUUCUACAACCAUUGCAGAGAACAUCCGCUAUGGUCGACCUGGAGUAACCAUGGAAGACAUUAUCCAGGCCACAAAAGAGGCUAAUGCCUAUAAUUUUAUUAUGGACCUGCCACAGAAAUUUGAUACCCUGGUGGGAGAAAGUGGAGGUCAGAUGAGUGGAGGACAGAAGCAGAGGAUUGCUAUUGCUCGAGCUCUGAUCCGAAACCCCAGGAUCCUGCUGCUGGAUAUGGCGACAUCAGCCCUUGACAAUGAGAGUGAGGCUGUUGUCCAGGAAGCACUGGAUAAGGUGCGUAUGGGCAGGACCACAAUUUCUAUAGCCCACCGUCUUUCCACAAUUAGGAAUGCAGAUGUCAUCAUCGGAUUUGAACACGGACAGGCUGUGGAGAAGGGAACACACAGUGAGCUGCUAGAGAGGCAGGGCGUCUACUUCACCCUGGUCACCCUUCAAAACCAAGGCACAUCCAACACAGCUAAUGGUGCUGACAGUGAAGCUGUUGAAGAGGACUUUGAUCUUAGAGUGAGGAGUUUUAGCCGUGGAAGCUGCAAAUCCAGUAAAAGGAGUUCUGUUCGACUGCGAUCUCAGAGCACAUUGUCCAAUGAUUUUGUUCCUGACGCAAUAUCAGGCAGCCUCAAGGUCCAUUUGGAUGAGGAUAUCACUCCAGAAAAUCAGAUAUGUGAGGAUGAUGCAGAUGGACAUGCAGAGCCUGCCCCAGUAGUGCGUAUCCUGAAGUACAACCAACCAGAGUGGCCCUACAUGCUCCUGGGUUCUCUAGGAGCUGCCAUCAAUGGCUCUGUCAAUCCCAUUUAUGCUGUCCUGUUCAGCCAAAUUCUCGGGACUUUUGGCAUACGUGAUGUGAACGAGCAGAGGGAGCAGAUCGAUGGGAUAUGCAUUCUAUUUUGCAUUGUGGCUGUGAUUAGUUUCUUUUCGCAGUUUUUACAGGGAUAUGCUUUUGCUAUGUCCGGAGAGCUGCUGACACGCCGCCUGAGGAAAGUGGGAUUCCAGGCCAUGCUGAAACAGGAGAUCGGCUGGUUUGAUGACCCCAGAAACAGCCCCGGAGCUCUGACCACCAGAUUGGCCUCUGAUGCAUCCAUGGUCCAGGGGGCAACAGGAUCUCAGAUUGGCAUGAUUGUUAACUCGCUGACCAGCAUCGGAGCCUCUUUCAUUAUCGCCUUCUACUUCAGUUGGAAGUUAACUCUGGUAAUCAUGUGCUUCUUGCCACUCAUCGGGCUGUCUGGGGUAUUGCAAGCCAAAAUGCUGUCAGGUUUUGCAAAUGAAGAUAAAAACGCCAUGGAAGAAGCGGGUCAGGUAUCCAGCGAGGCUCUUGGUAACAUCAGGACCAUCGCAGGCUUGGCCAAAGAGAGCUCAUUUGUGGAAUCUUACGAGCAGAAACUUGAGCGUCCAUAUAAAUCUGCAAAGAAGAAAGCCCACGUCUAUGGGCUCUGUUUUGGCUUUGCCCAGUGUGUUAUCUUCAUGGCAUAUGCUGCGUCAUUUAGAUACGGAGGCUACCUGGUUAGCUCUGAAGGAUUACAAUAUAUGUUGGUUUUCAGAGUGAUCGCAGCUAUAGUAGUCAGUGGGACGGCACUGGGCAAAGCUUCCUCCUUCACCCCAGAUUAUGCCAAAGCUAAGACUGCUGCUGCUCAGUUUUUCAAACUGAUGGACCGAAUACCAAAAAUUGACAUGAGCCACACAGCUGGAGAGAAAUGGGAGAAAUUCAGAGGUGAAGUAGAGUUCCGCAAUUGCAAGUUCACCUAUCCAACACGACCGGAUAUCCAGGUGUUGAAAGGCCUGGUUGUGUCUGUGAAGCCCGGUCAGACUUUGGCGUUUGUUGGGAGCAGUGGUUGUGGGAAAAGUACCAGUGUUCAACUAUUGGAAAGGUUCUACGACCCUGAUGAAGGGCAAGUGUUGAUUGAUGGCCACCCGUCUCAUACAGUCAAUGUGCCCUUCCUAAGAUCUCAGAUUGGCAUAGUGUCUCAGGAGCCUGUGCUGUUUGACUGCAGCAUAGCUGAGAAUAUACAGUAUGGAGUUAACAUGCACAGUGUCAGCAUGGAAGAGAUUAUUGAGGCCUCCAAGAAAGCCUACCUCCAUGACUUUGUGAUGACGCUACCAGAUAAAUAUGAGACUCAGGUUGGUGCCCAGGGCUCCCAGCUGUCAAGAGGUCAAAAACAACGUAUUGCCAUUGCCAGGGCCAUUGUCAGGAAUCCUAAGAUCUUGCUACUAGAUGAAGCUACCUCUGCCCUGGACACAGAGAGUGAAAAGACCGUCCAGUCUGCUCUAGACGAGGCAAGAAAAGGACGAACCUGCAUCGUCAUCGCUCACCGGCUCUCUACUAUCCAGACUGCUGACAUCAUAGCAGUGAUGUCUCAUGGAGUUGUCAUAGAGCAAGGCACACAUGAUAAACUGAUGGCCACGAGGGGCGCCUAUUAUAAACUGGUCACAACAGGUGCUCCUAUCAGCUAGGUGUCUGCAGCCACAUAUGAUGUGCAUAUGAUGAAAAUCAUUUUUGUUUAGGCCUUAUUGUAGAUUUGAAUGAAUGUGAUGUUUUCUUGUGGUAUCACACUGAGAAAGUCUUUGAUGAGGCACUGAUGUUUUAUUCAUUGCCCUCAAAAAUUGUACAUAAAUCAUAGAAAUACUUUUUUUCAGUUGGCAUAAAAAAGAGUACAAAUUGCUCUCAUCUUCUGGAGAAUAUAUUUUUGUAAUCAUAUUUCAUUUUUCCUGGCCACAAAUAGAAACAUUUAUUGUAUAUUCAUUUGUUUAUGAACAGUUACAUUUGUAAAUGAAGGAGUAGAAUUUUUUAUGCACUUCUAUCCAUGUUCAUAUUGUUGGACUGUAAUUAUUGUUCUCAAUCAUUCUUCAUAAUCUAAAUCUUAGUAAAAAAUAUCAAACUAUACUGUUUCAGUUGGAAAGGACUGCUUCAAAAUAGUUUCUUGAGAGAUCUUUCUGGUGUUAUUUUAGUCAUAGCAACUGAUGCAGCCCUGAAAGGUUGUGUAAUACUCACCAACAACCCUGAUUUUGGAACAGCACUUGAUAGUAAGCAGUAUUUUUUCUCCAGCUCAAUGCCAAUGUUUUAAACUUCCACACAGUUUACAUUUGGGGUUUAAACAUCCACAAUGAGCUGGGGGGCAGUUUUGGACAGCAUAACAAAAUCAAAAAGAUUAUUUCUAACUGGAAAAAAAUGUGCUCAUUAUGGAUGAAUGAAUGAAAUAAAGGAUGUUGCUUUUUAGUUCCUGAUAUCUAAUUAAGUAUAUGUUUUUCUUGAGGAAGGAGUCAAAACAAUUAUAUGAGAUUGCGGGAUCCUAGACAAAAGUCA